AUGUCUGUAGCCACCGUAGCCACCAGCCAAGGCGAUAACGCUCGUUGGCCGGUCGCCCCCUCCUCGAUCAACCACUCAAUCACGAAAUCUGCGCGGUUCCUCCGUGCACUUGUCCUCCGCAAAAAGGAACCUGAGGUGAUGUUGCAAUCUUCUCUGGGGUUUCUAGACUUUGCCUCUCGACUGGGCCACCGAAAUCGCGACAUCGACAAACGUGAAUUCGUCGUGAAUGGACCUUGA